CUGCAUCAAACAAUCUUUCGGUGCCAACACCCGCCUCUUGGCCUUUUCUUUUUCCUUUUCCUUUUGCAUUGGGAACAGAACAACACAAGAACACCCCGAGCUUCUGACAUAUGCUCUCGGGCCUUUCCAAUCGCAGGCCGCUCGAACAAAAUGAGGGCGACAAGAUGCCUCUCCCGCCCCAGCUCCGCCCUCGCUAGGGUCUUCACGAGCAGAACCGCCGACCACCACCACCACCACGCCGCCGGACCGGCCACGUCGCAACUCCGACGCCUCCUCCUCCCGGCCGUGUACACGACCUCAUCCUCCUCGUCGUCGUCGCCCCCGUCCCGCCUCUUCUCCGGCACCGCGCACGCCCUCCGGGGGGGCCCGAGCCGGCCCAGGGGCGGCGGCGGCGGCGGCGCGACGUCGGCAAAAAAGGGCCGCUUCCCGCGCGACCGCGAGAUCUCGCACGAGCUUGUCCUGGUGCGCGGCGACGACGGCCGGUUGUCGGAGCCGAGGCGCACGGCGGACGUGCUGGCGGGGCUGGACCCGCUGGUCAGCAGCCUCGUCGUGAUCGCGAUGCCGCAGCAGAAGCAGGAGGGGGAGGAAGGGGCGGAGGCGGCGGCAGGCGAGGACGGGGACAGCGAGGCGGCGCGCUCGGGGCCGCAGUACCCCAUCUGUCGGGUCGUCGACAAGAAGGCGCUGCAGACGGCGGCGGUCGAGAAGGCAAAGGCGGAGAGGAAGAAGACGGUCGGGACCAAGGAGGUGGAGAUCAACUGGGCGAUUGCGCCGCAUGACCUGCAGACCAAGCUGAGGCAGCUGAAGGGAUUCCUGGCGAAGGGGCUGAGGGUCCAGGUGCUGAUGCUCAGCCGGGCGAAGCGCAAGAAGAGGCAGGCGAGCAAGGACGAGUCGGCGGAGGUGCUUAGGAUGGUCAAGGAGGCGAUCGAUGAGGUGCCCGGGUCGAAGGAGUUCAAGGGCAUGGAGGGGGUGGUAGGAGGGCAGGCGAGGCUGUUCUGGGAAGGCCCGCAGGGAGAGGGCUCAUGAUCGGCUGGUCCUGGACUAAGGCUACUGUACAUAUUGUACCUACGAUACCGUAUCUAGUAUACGGAGAGGGGGAGAGCGCUGAAUAGCGUCUAAUUAUAGAGCAGUCGCCAUUCUACAAAGACGCGGCCGACGUAUACGUUGGGCUGCCCUACCUACUUAGGUGAC